CAGGUUUUCGUACAUGAGUGGCUGCUGUUGGUUUAACGCUGCUUUGCACUGUACAGCAGUUGAAGGACGACGUUUCAACUUUAUGUGGGAGGAAUUCCUGAAGUAAUGCAGACCUCCUUCCUGAAACAUGCAUUUAGCAUGGAGCCCGAUGUGAAUAUGGUGUCCAACUCGUACAAAAUGGACCACGAGAGACGAGGUCUCGCCGUCAUCAUCAACAACACCCUGGGAGGGAUGGGGAAGGAUGGGGAGAGUAUGGUGGAUUGUCUGACGCAGCUGGGGUUUGAUGUGACAAUGUAUUCACGUCAGACGAUGAAGCAGAUGAAAGAACUGAUGAGAGCAGCCGCAGCGUCCGACCACAGUGGAUGUGACUGCUUCGUCUGUGUCAUACUCGCCGACGGCGGGGACGACAACGUGAAAGCAACCGACGGCACUGUCAAAAUAUCAUCACUGGUGGCACCAUUCAAAGGUCAUAUCUGCAAAUCUCUGGCUGGAAAACCUAAAUUAUUUUUUAUGCAGGGAUGUCGUGGCAGGGACCUUGACCACGGUGUUACUGUUGGUGCUGCCCUGAGCGUAGUUGGGGAUGACGCAGAUGAUGAUGACUACGAUGAAGUUGACGGCAUGCCUAUGACGUACAAAAUCCCAUCAGGUGCCGACUUCCUCCUGGCGUAUUCCACCGUUGCAGGUUACCAGGCUUCACAAAACCCGAUGGCGGGAUCAUAUUACAUUAACGCCCUGUGUAGCGCCCUGAAGAAAUACAGCACGACCAUGGACCUUUUGAGAAUUUUGAUUCUAGUCAACAAAAUGGUGGCUCGGGGAUUCCAAUCCAGUACUGGUCGCCCUAACAACAAGAGUCCUGUGAAGCAGAUGCCAUCGUUUGUCUCCAUGCUGACCAAAGACCUCAUCUUCACUCCAAAGGAGGAAGUAGUUUGGGUUAGACGCAAGAUAGAACCUUCUUAAUAUUGGGACUUAUAAAAGUGAAAAAUACGAAUAUUCAAGCAUGAAGUUUUGCCCCAGUGUCAUUAUAUACUGAGAGUAAAACGUUAGUCACCUGGAUAUCCAAGAUGGCCGCCAAAUUCCAAGAUGGCCUCCAUUUGUCACAGCGAGUGACAAAUUUUGAAACCUCUUGGAUUUCACAUGUCAUCAUUUUCUGAAGACUGUCACUGAAACAAAGACCACCAGAGACUUGUAUGGAUGUGCAUGCCUAACUAUAAUUAACCGUAUUAAUACAAGCGACAAAUCCACUUUUGGAAUUUCACAAAUUCGCUCUUCCAUGCAACACAGAAUUUGAAUGAUACCAAAGGCUGCAAAUCCAGGCAUUUGUGUGACAGGGCCUUGUGCUCAGUCUAUGA